AAGCACUUACACGACGCAGUUGCUGAAUACUUAGAUGCACAGAAAACGAAGAUCGAAGCGCUCUCGCGGGCUCAUCAUGUUACUCCCAAGCACAUCAACGAUAUCAUCGGCAGUCAGACUCAUUAUCGAACCUCGCGCAAGAACCGACCCGCAGGCGCUCGGUACUCGUUGGCGGAACUCCGCCAGAUGGUUGCGUCCGACCCUGAAACAAAAGCCCUUACCAGGGAAGAAAAGGAACGCUACAUCGCAGCUCUCGAGGAGCAUCGUGAAAAAAAGGUCAUUAGUGUUCGGGCGAACAAUCUGGCGGCUGCACGAGAUGUUGUAGCCACAACGGAUAGGAUCGUCAAAGAGCUGGAUGAUCUGCGAGUUCGGACUGGUGUCUAUGGCACACUAUUUGUUGUCCGCAGUCACAUUAACGAUAGCAUUCAAAGCGCUAUGCACGGCACGGAUAACUCUGAAGACUUUUGGGAGGAUGUGUACGAGCAUCCUAUGGCUGACUUUCUUAGGCAAUACGAACAAUGGGCAUGCACCCAGAAUCAAAUUGCUGUGACCGGCAAAAAAGAUAUUGUGAUGAACUACCACAACUAUGAAACAUCCGUCAUCGAAACGUAUGGGGUGCGCCUUGUGGGCUGGCCCAAUGGUGUCAAGUUCACUAGCCCUUCGAACAUCGGGACCGUCGGCGACAUUCGCAAGCUCCGGGAUGCCCUCAAGGCACGUACGUGCUACUGGACAGUUCUAUCACCGGCAGAGCUCAAAGCUCACGCGUCUGAACUCGACACGCAACGUUCAGCCGGGGAAGUCGUUCGGAAGCCACGAAAAAAGUGUUCGGAUGCUGGCGUACCUCGCAAGCGUAAAGACGGGUCCAGCGCAGGACGGGUAAACAAGGAGAAUAUCAGGCCUUCGAAGAGAGCAAAGAAGAACUCUACCCAGCUGCAGGAAGGUCCCAAAAGCGCUGAGUUUGUAGAGUCUUCUGACGAAGAGGAGGAGGGGCAUGAGUAG